AUGAUAUUGUUUGGUUUUCACAAUGUUUGGCUGUUUCUAUCGAUUGUUAGACAAAUAUCGGGUAUUUCAUACAAUCAACCAAAACUUUGUGCAAAUGCAACGUGGAACCAGACGGCUAUAACUUUUGCCAAUAUCACCACGGUUGGCACACAACCUGUAGGCAUGUUUAUCAAUACAGAUAACAGCGUUUAUGUAGCUGAUCAAACGAAUGGGAGAAUUCAAGUGUGGCUUAACGGAAGUACCACACUUACAGGCAAUUACUCUGGUGGCUUAUCCAUACCUCUUAGCGUUUUCGUUACGGACAAUAGUGAUGUUUAUGUCGACAAUGGCUACACAAAUUAUCGGGUUGAUAAUUGGGGAUGGAAUUCAACAGAUAGUGUUCCAGCAAUGUAUACGUGUGGACAAUGUUACAGUCUUUUUGUCGAUAUCAAUGAUAUGCUUUACUGCUUAAUGGGUCUGUAUCAUCAAGUUGUCUCGAAGUCAUUGGACACACGUUUAAAUGUAUGGAGUAUUGUCGCCGGUACAGGUACAGCUGGAUCAACAUCGGUUACACUUAACUAUCCAUACGGAAUCUUUGUUGAUAUUAACUUGAAUUUGUAUGUAGCUGAUACUUACAAUAAUAGGAUUCAAAAAUUUACCUCAGGACAAUUGAACGGAACAACAAUAGCAACAGGAGCCAUUGUAUUGGCUGGUCCAACUUCUGUUAUACUUGAUGCUAAUGGGUAUAUCUUUAUUGCUGAUUGCUGGAAUAAUCGUCUUAUUGGCUCAGGGCCUAAUGGGUUUCGAUGUAUCGCGGCAUGUUCUGGAGCUGGUUCAUCAUCUAGCCAAUUAUACAAUCCACAUGUCAUCAGUUUUGACACCCAUGGAAAUAUAUUUGUCACCGAUCAACAAAAUAACAGAGUGCAAAAAUUUCUUUUGUUACCAAACUCAUGUAAUGGAACGACACCAGUAACAACUAUGGCCACGGUAACUUCAAUGAAUAAUACUCAAUCAGUUUCUUUAACAACAACAACUACUGUAUCAUAUUCAAAUCCUAUUUCAUACAAUAUGCCAAAACUCACUGCAUAUACUUCUUGGAGUUCCAAUGGAAUAACUUUUGCGAACAUCACUGUGAUCGGAACAUAUCCUUACGGUGUAUUUGUUGAUAAUAACAAUACGGUAUAUGUAUGUGAGUAUUCUUUAAAUCGUGUUCAAGCAUGGCCUGAAGGUAGAAGCAAUCCCACAAGAACUAUUUCUGGUAGUUUAAACCUUCCAUAUACUGUUUUCGUUACAAGUAGUGGUGAUAUUUAUAUUGACAAUGGUAAUGUAAAUAAUAGAGUGGAUAAAUGGACAUUAAAUGCCACAAAUAGUACUGUGGCAAUGAACGUCAAAAAUAUUUGUACCGGACUUUUUGUCGAUAUUAAUAAUAACCUCUAUUGUUCACCAUUUAAUUAUCAUCAAGUUAAUACGAAAUCAUUAAAUAGCAAUUCAAAUAUGUGGACUAUUGCUGCUGGUACAGGCUGUUCUGGAUCAACAUCAAAUACGCUUCAUGAUCCUCGUGGAAUCUUUGUUGAUACAGAUCUCAACUUAUACGUUGCUGAUUUUACCAAUGAUAGGGUGCAAAAAUUCCUAUCAAAACAAGUAAAUGGGAUAACGAUAGCAGGAACUGGAGCAACAGGAACUAUUAGUCUUAAUGGUCCUAACGGAAUUGUUCUGGACGCAGAUGGUUACGUAUUCAUUGCGGAUUAUUACAAUAAUCGUAUUGUUGGAUCAGGACCAAACGGAUUUCGUUGUUUAGUAGGAUGUUCAAGUAUUGCAGGUUCAGCAUCUAAUCAACUAAAUCUUCCAACAAGUUUAAGUUUCGAUAGUUACGGUAAUAUGUUUGUUGCUGAUAGUUCCAACCAUCGAAUACAAAAGUUCAAUUUAAUAAAUACUACUUCUGAUUUGAUUAUUAAUCAACCAAGCUUCUGUCCAUCUACAACAUGGUAUACAAAUGCUAUUACUGUCGCUAAUGUCACCACCGUUGGUAUUCAACCUUAUGGCCUUUUUAUUAGUAUGAGCAAUACUCUUUACGUAGCGAAUAUACAAAACAAUAGCGUUCAAAUGUGGCUAGAAGGAAGUGUGAAUCCUGACAAAACUAUUUCUGGUGGUUUGUAUCAACCUAGAAGUGUUUUCGUUGCACCUUUGGGCGACAUGUAUAUCGACAAUGGUGCCUCUAAUGGUCGAGUCGACCAAUGGUUCGUAAAUGCAAAUAGUAGUGUUCCUUUUAUGACAGUUUCCAACUUCUGUGGUAGUAUUUUUAUUGAUAUUGAAAAUACUCUCUAUUGUUCAGUAAGUAACAAUCAUCAGGUUGUUAAGAAAUGGUUAAAUGAUAACAUGACUGCGUCAACUAUUGUUGCUGGUACGGGUACUGCGGGAUCGGCUGCAAACAUGCUUAAUUUACCUUAUGGAGUCUUUGUUGACGUUGAUAUCAAUUUAUAUGUUGCAGAUUACUCAAAUAAUAGAGUGCAGCUCUUUCCUUUAGGGCAGUCAAAUGGAAUAACUAUAGUUGGAAGCGGAGCACCAUCAACUAUUUCACUC